GGGGAAAGUUGGACACAGACAAUCCCGGAGCAACUUUUUCUCUUCUGUCCUUUCUUUGCAAAGAAAGAGUCCAGGAAAAAAGAGGAAGGGGGGGGAAAUUGAAUACUUGACACGCACGCAUGUCGGAUUCAUGUAAUCACAAAGUUGUGGAUUAAUCAGCAGUUGAAGUCAGCCGGCAGCUGAGGGAAGAAGAGGUAAGAAGAGGAGCUGCUUUCAGACGGGUUAAACCAUGUGGCUUCUGUGCUCCUCCCUGACUCUGUUGGUCGUCAGUUUCGGAUCAUGCGACACUCUGACGUCACAAGAAGGUGUACAAUGCCCGUCCGUACAAGUGGCUGAGUGGAAGUUUCCUCGGACGGCCAGGCAAAACAUUACUGGUUUUAAUUUGGUGAGGCGAUUCUCCUUGCUCAAAGACACAGAUGUCAGAAAGCUCCGCAACCCUCGAGGUUCUGUCAUCCUACGCCUUGGCAAGUCGUCACUCUUGCGCCCAAGCGAUCAGGUGUUCCCUCAUGGCUUACCUGACGAGUUCACAUUAAUCUUCACCCUGGCUUUGAAAAAGUCUGCACUGAGGGACACCAUCUACCUCUUUCAGAUAUCGGAUCAGCAGGGAUAUCCACAGCUCUCGGUGGACUUCAGCGCUCCCGAAGGUACCCUGACCCUGCGAGCCAGAGGUGCCGACUCCGAGGCCGAGCUGGUGAGCUGCGUCUUUAACGGCGAAGGCGUCGAAGCCCUGACGGACUUCCAGUGGCACAAGCUGGCACUCAGCGUGCAACGCGACGCCGCCUCCCUUCACGUUGACUGCAACUCCAUAGAGACAAAGCCCCUCGAGCCCCGAGGCGUCCUGCAGACCGACGGACACACACUGCUGGGUGUUCGGGCCUCGGAUGCCGGACCGGUGCAGAUGGAUGUUCAGCAGGUGAUGCUGUAUUGUGACCCAUCGUUUGCAAUAGAAGAGUCCUGCUGCGAGAUCCUCGGCGCUCGGUGUCCUACUGAUUCUGCAAAGAGCCGUCGAGCAGCUGAAAACGACCUGGAUGAAAACAUGUUUAGCCAGGAUAUUUUUGCAUCCAAGGAUCUUGCAGAAAAAUGUGCUGGUUGUUUACUCCUGAGUAAGGAGGAAAAUGUUGUAAACCUUGGAGGAAAAGGUGGCCGGGGCGAUGGUUGCUCAGGCCCAUGCACAGAUGGAUCCAGAGGCCAGAAAGGCGAGAAAGGCGAGCCGGGAACGGCUUCCAACCGGGGUCAGGCAGCUGGGUACAAGGGAGAAAAAGGUCAGAAAGGGGAGAUUGGUCCGCAAGGCCUGACAGGAACACCGGGGAAGGAUGGUCGAGAAGGGUCCAUCUGUGUCGUCGGCCCCAAGGGACAGAAGGGCACUCCGGGUUUGGUGGGCCCUGAGGGGUUAGCUGGGGAGCCAGGGAAGCCCGGACUUCCGGGUCUGCCAGGAUUUGGAAAACCGGGUCCACCGGGCCCUCCUGGCGAUGGUAGAGGUGAGAAGGGAGACCCCGGACCGAAAGGAGAAGACGGAUUGCCAGGAGACCCGGGACCAAGAGGCCCAGGAGGUUCAAAAGGAGAGAAGGGUGACCCGUGCGAAGUGUGCCCAGUGUUGCCAGCCGACUUCGGCAACACGGUGGCCUUGCAGGGGAAGCCCGGCCCUAAAGGAGAACCCGGAUUGCCGGGGAUCGGAGAGACAGGACUCCCUGGUGUCAAAGGUGCAAAUGGCAAAGCGGGACAGAAGGGAGAACACGGAUCAGAUGGCGCUAAAGGAGAAAAGGGAGAACCGUGUUCCGUGUGCCCCACCCUCGGAGAACUCCCACCUCAGUUCAUCCCGGGUGUCCAAACUCAAACUCUGCAGCAGAAGGGAGAGAAGGGGGAACCCGGGAUUGGACAGAAAGGAGAGCAAGGGGAGCCAGGAAACGUUGGUUCACCUGGCCUUAAAGGAGAAAAGGGUAACGCCGGCAACGCGGGAGCUGCCGGAAAGCCGGGGAAACCUGGACCGAGGGGGCCUGCAGGGAAGGACGGACAGAGAGGUGCACAGGGUGAAGACGGGAAGCCCGGUGUGGGAACCCCUGGUCUAAAGGGUGAGAAGGGCGACUGUGGUGUGUGCCAACCACCAGAGGCUGGGACCUGGGAUCAACCGAGUGGCCUCCAAGUGCAUGAGAAAAGAAAAGGUGAACCUGGCCCUCCAGGUCCCCCUGGACCUCCAGGACUUGGAGCUGAAGGCAAACAGGGACCAACAGGCCAGUCUGGUGCUAAGGGAGAAAAGGGCGAGCGUGGAGAACAAGGAGACAAAGGAUUGAACGGUGUCCCCGGAGUCCCGGGUUUGCCUGGAGACCCCGGUCAGGAUGGGUCAAGGGGCUUGAAGGGAGAGAAGGGUGAUUCAUGUACUAGCUGUUCGUCUGCUGGCACGGUGGUGGGUGACGGUGCAGCUGUCCCAGGGCCCAAAGGAGAAAAAGGAGAUCCUGGGUCCCCAGGAGCGGGGAAACCUGGCAAAACUGGAAAUCGUGGCGUACCAGGUGUGCAAGGUCCCUCUGGUCCCAAAGGAAGCAAGGGCGAUGCUGGAGCUGCAGGAGUGGGCCUUCCGGGACCACAAGGCAUUGAGGGACCAAGAGGUCUCCCAGGACUAGUAGGACCCAUUGGUGUUACAGGAUUGCCAGGCUCUGUUGGCCCUGCAGGGGAAAAGGGCUCAAGAGGUGAUAUGGGACUCCCAGGGCCACAGGGACCACCGGGAUUUGGAGCAGUGGGACCGCCGGGUAAAGAUGGAGUCCCUGGGCCCAGAGGGCUUCCAGGAGCUGACGGCGCACCCGGAUUUCAUGGAGCUAAGGGGGACAAGGGGGAACGAGGAGAGUGUAACUGCAACCUGCCCGGGCCUGCAAUUGUAGGUGGACCUGGAGCCCCAGGAACCCCAACAAACACGUGGCAGCCCGGGCCUCAGGGCCCUCCUGGACCUCCUGGCCCUCCUGGCCCCCCUGGACCUCAGGGAGUCACUGGAAUCCAAGGUCCUCAGGGUAUCCCUGGAAACGACGGCAUACCGGGGAAUCCGGGUUUGCCUGGAAAGAGCAGCUACACUGGACCACACACUCUGCCUCAAGAUACAACUAUAGAAGUGGGAGAUGAGGAUUGUGGAGAGGGCUGUUCUCAGGGGCUGCCAGGGGUCCCUGGCAUGGCUGGUGCCAAGGGUGAAAAAGGAGACCAGGGCAAGCCUGGUGCAACAGUCAUGGACGGCUGUGACAGGUGUUUGGAGAGACUGCAGAGGGCACAGGCGACUGAAGCGACGGGUGAUCGAUCUUGCACCGGAACACCCGGAAUUCCAGGAGUGCCUGGAGCACCGGGAAUAAAAGGAGACCCUGGUUCUCCGGGAGAUAGGGGCUCGCCAGGACCGCCAGGAAUUAUGGGACCCCCUGGAUUCCCAGGUCCUCAGGGCCCAUCUGGCUUAUCUGGUCAGCAGGGUGAACGAGGGUCGGCCGGCCUCCCAGGAAUGAAGGGCGAGCAGGGCCCUCCAGGGACGCCUGGUUAUCCUGGAACUAUGGGGCCACCUGGGUUGCCCGGACUGAAGGGUGAGCGUGGAAGCCCAGGAGGUGCUGGACAGAAAGGAGAAUCAGGUCCUCCUGGUAGCCCUGGGUAUCAAGGACAGGCUGGCUCUCCAGGCAUUAAAGGAGACACAGGACCAGCAGGGCCUGUUGGUUCCAAAGGUGACCAGGGUUUCCAAGGACAACCGGGUUUUCCAGGACCACCAGGUCCUCCUGGUCCAGCCGGCAAACCUGGCAGAGAAGGCGUUUCUGGGCUCAAAGGAGAAAAAGGUAACGACGGUUCCACAGGUUCCCAGGGACCAUCUGGGCCGCCUGGCUCACCUGGAUCUCCAGGCCUGAUGGGACCUCCCGGUAUUGAGGGAAUAGACGGAAAAGAUGGGAAACCAGGACUGCGGGGCGAGGCGGGCCCUCCAGGCCCAGCGGGACCUCGAGGAAUCCCAGGAUUCAAAGGGAAAACAGGACACGUAGGCUUUCCUGGACAGAAGGGAGAUGCCGGGCCCGCAGGCCCGCAAGGACCACCCGGCAGGCCAGGACAUGACGGGGACCAGGGUAUCCCAGGACUUCAGGGUCGACCGGGUCCUCCAGGCCAGAUCGGUCCCUCAGGGCCAGCGGGACCUCCGGGGCCUCCUGGCCCAUCAGGAGUGGGGAUACAAGGAGAUAAGGGUUCAUCUGGGGAGAGAGGCCUCCCGGGGUUGGUUGGACCUCCGGGACAACCAGGGCAUCCAGGACUUAUGGGAGAGCCUGGCAGCGACGGUGCUGCUGGUAAAGAUGGAACACCAGGCCUGCAGGGGGACAGCGGACAGCCAGGUCAGAAGGGAGAACCAGGGACCCCUGGACAGAGGGGCUCUCCAGGCGAACGAGGUAGACCGGGGCCCCCAGGCGGAGGAGGAUAUCUCGGCAAGGACGCCCAACCCAUGAUGGGGCCGGUCGGCCCUAGAGGGGAAAGAGGAAGCCCGGGUUCUGAUGGACUACCGGGACCUCCAGGUUCCCCUGGGUCUCCAGGAAACGAUGCAGUUGUUAAUUACGACGACAUCAAGAACUUCAUUCGACAACAGGUCAUCAAGAUCUUCGAUGAGAGAAUGGGCUACUAUAUGUCCCGUAUGCAGAUGCCAGUAGAAAUGGUGGCAUCACCCGGCCGACCAGGGCCCCCAGGAAAAGAUGGUGUUCCGGGCACUCCUGGACCUCAAGGUCCUCCGGGAGUCCCAGGACAGUUCGGUAGACAGGGACGCCCAGGAGGACAAGGACUCCCCGGACCUCGAGGACCGCCUGGAGUAAAGGGUGACAAGGGUAUUGGAGAGAUGGGAGACGUGGGACCACCUGGAGCACCAGGCGUUCCAGGCCCUCCAGGUUAUGGUAAAAUGGGACCUCCUGGACCUGUUGGCCAGCAGGGUGUUCCUGGGAUACCAGGCUCUCCUGGACAGCCUGGAGCCAAAGGAAAGGAAGGCCGUUGUAAUCCUGCGGACUGUAUGAGCCAUCAAGUGGACUACAGCCCCAAGGGCCCACCUGUCAAAGGCCCCUGGUAAGAUUCUGCAGGAUGAAGGGAAAGCGGGCUGGAACAAAGAGACUACAGUGUUCGGGGAAGGAAGCAAACCAAAGACAAGGACCCAAAGUUAUUCAGUAAGGCCGCAUGGCAGAAAGCAAAAGUUUGUUUUUUUUUCUUGUUUUUUUUUAACAAAAAAGAGUCCCGCUGGAACUGAGGCCUGCAAAGACACACUGACAGAAAAUUCUUAUUGAACCAUUUGUUUCUACCCUUAAAAAUGCCAGAUCAGCGCUUUAACACCCUUAGAUUUUUCAUUUCCCCCACUACGCUUUACAUCUUUUCCUGCUUUCAGGAGAGCAAACUGAGAAAAUAGUCACAAUCUGUCUUUUCCUUUCCUUCAUACAUUCAGACUUCUGUCUUCUCUUUCCCCCAUUCUUCCUUCUGUUGGUCAUUUUGUGUGUCUAAUUCUGUAAGCAGGGAAAAAAAAAUAGAUUUUAGUAUGUUGCUUCCAUUACUCCUAUCUUUGUUCCAGUCCUCAAACAUUUACAUUAGAGUAGGUCCCAUGCAUUUCUAAUGUUGUCAUGGUUGAAUUGAGUGAGGUGUGUCGCCUAACGGACAGCAUGCUGGGAAAUGCAGUUUAGUUCUUUUGAAACAGAUUCCACGUAUCAGGCAGACUUUCCUUGAUGGAUUGUUUUGUAGAUAUUUAUAUGUAUAUAUAUAUUGGCUUUUGAUACAACUCAGAGCUUCCUUUUUUAUUUUAUUUUUUUUAAAUGCCAGUGGUUAUUUUGCAAAAAAUCAAAAAUAAAAUAUUAAUGGAUUUAUUUUUUUUUUGUCUAUAAGGUUUCAAAUGAAAAAACAAAAUGAGUUCAGUGAAAGACAAAUUGUUUAUAGAAGUAAUUUGUAUUUAGACAGAAAACAAAUUGGCUUUUGUGUCUGUGUCAAUAAAGUUCAUCAAUUUGAUUGCAUAUUUUAUUCCAGUUUGGCUCUAAUGAAAACCACUCUGUAUUAUUUACAUUUUUUAUUUUUUUUUUAUUUUUGGAGAAUAAGGUUAAACUAUAGGCAUUUGAUGCACUUCAUCAUAAUUAUGUCACAAAUGCAGCUCAGCCAAUCCUCACUCUUCAUUUCAGCAAGAACAUUUUCACAUUCAUGUCCCAAUCACUUGAUUGUUGUUGUACACAUUACUGUUUUAUUUGUUCCUCGUUAGUUACCGAUGUUUCAAAGUAAUGUUAAAUCUUCCGUCAAUAAAACGUCAAUAUGCGACGUUGCUUUCAGCCAAUAUCAUAGUUUUGAAGUUUGAACAACACAGGUUUUUGUACUUUUUCCACCAGUUUGAACUUUGAACCGUGGUCAUGCUUUUGUUUCUUAAAAACUGUAAUUAAAAUGCUUUUCAAACAAA